CUUCACCUUACCUAGGUAGGUACCCACCCUCCUCAACCAACCGGCCCUGGCUGGCUACAGGGGGUCGGGUCCCUACUAGAUGCACUAUCCCGUAGGUACAUAACCCCCAACAUAACAUCAUAACCCUCCCGUUACAGGCCUCUCUACUCAUCUACACGUAUCUCUCUCUGCCCGUCAUCAAGCAUUUCUCGGCUGGACAUCUCCAUACCUACGAGGUCUACGCCUACGCCUACGCCUGCGACGCCUGUCUUGUCCGAUCCCGUCCGUUGCCCUCGUCGCGGGGCCCAGACGCAAACAUGAGCCGCACCCUGGAGCCCACGCUCCUCUCGCUGCUGCCGACCUACUCCAAGGACUUGCCGCAACCUCUCGUCGAGCUCGCCUCCUCGCUGCUCACCCGGUCUCGUCACAGCGCCGGCACCCUCAAGGCCGAGGAGGAAGUGGCCCGCGCGUACGCCUGCGCCCACAUCGCCUGCGAGCGCCUCAAGAUAUCCCUCGACCUGCCCCCGAUCCAGCCGCGACCGCCCGUGCCACCGCGAAUAUACAAGAGACUGUACGCGCACCUCGACAACGUGCUGCCUGCCAGCACCCAGGCGCGCUCCGGCCGCGUCAGGACGCCGAGCUCCAAGGUGCGCGAGUCCGGGCUGUUCGGCAGCGCGCAGCGCGUGCCCUCGCGAGGCACGCCGACGAAGGAGCAGUCCCUGGCCAAGUUCCGAUCGCCGGCGGCGCCCCGGGCCGACGGGACGCCGACCAAAUCUACUGGCAAGCGCCUGCCGCCGCCGCUCCCCGCGGAGGAGAAGGAGAAGAAGAAAGCCGGCGGCGCGGCGAGCGCGCUGCCGGCCUGGGUCCGGCCCACGAUCCAGCUCCUGUGCGGCGAGCUGGGCGAGGAGCGCAUCGGGCGGACGGUGCUGGCGGGGAUGCAGACGAUCGCGGCGCCGCGCGGGCGGCGGACGGCGGACGAGUGGGUCAACCAGAAUCUGAGCGCGCUGCUUGCAGCCGUGUACUUCCUCGUCUCGUCGCACGUGUACAUGAUCGAGCAGGGGCGGGACAUGGACAAGGCGGUGUACGCGCGGAAGCGCAAGGCGAUCCUGGACGCGCUCGAGCGCGCGCGGGAGCGGGUCCGCGUGCCCGCCAUGGACGAGGACGAGCUGUGGAUCGGCUGGGCCGACGUCGCGACCAAGGACGUCGACGACGCCGUCGCCCGCCUCGUCCAGAGCCGCUGGCACGAGGCCGAGUGGUUCGACGGCAUCAAGCACGUCGUCAAGGCGAAGCACGCGGAAGAGCCCGAGCAAGGCGCCAGCGAUGGCGGCGGCGACGGGAAGCGGUUCGGCGAGAGGCUCCACGCCCAGAGGGGUGACACCAUGCUCCAGACCCGGUGGGACUUGACCGACCAGAAGCGGGACGAGUACCGCGCGUGGAGGGACGCGAUGCUGCGCCGGAUAGAAGAGGUCGAACAAUCCCGGAGAACAGAGAGCGGAACGGACGCGCCGGCAUAGGCGACUAGCAUGAUGGAGGGUUAUUUAUGUGUUUCCCCCCUCCAAAAAAAAAAAAAAAACACAAUGGAGAGAAGGUCUGCUAAAUCGACGGCUUCGAACGACAGGCCUCCGUCUGAGAUACUCUGUAUAGCCAUCCUCACUGGUCAUUACAUAGCAACUAUCUCGCCCUCGACGCCCAAUAAUUAAGAAUACAUAAUUCUAUUCAGAACCCCCCCUCUCCCCCCGCCCCCCUUAGC